AUGUCUGAGCACCGACGUCUGCAAAGACUGCAUCUCUCGAGGAAGGUGAUGAUGGAGAUGUGUGGCAUGCUAGAACAGAAGUUGACAGCAAUGAAACGUGGUAUAUGCCUAAUGCCCAUUGUAUUAAAGGUGACGAUGAGUGUGCAAACUAUCCGGAAUGUAUUCAGUGUUGAAAAUGGCUACCGUCUUUCAGAUGAUCAGAUUGUAAACCACUUCCCCAACCAUUACGAGCUGACCAGGAAGGACUUGAUGAUUAAGAACAUAAAGCGUUAUCGCAAAGAACUCGAAAAAGAGGGCAGUCCUCUAGCAGAAAAGGAUGAAAAUGGCAAAUACGUUUACCUAGAUUUUGUUCCUGUUACAUUCAUGCUACCGGCAGAUUAUAACAUGUUUGUGGAAGAAUUUAGGAAGAAUCCAAACAGCACCUGGAUCAUGAAACCUUGCGGAAAGGCUCAAGGAAGGGGAAUAUUUCUCAUCAACAAGCUCUCACAAAUCAAAAAAUGGUCUCGUGACAACAAAGCCUCUAAUUUUCUGACUACCCCUUGCAAGGAAACUUAUGUCAUCUCCCUCUACAUAGACAAUCCAUUACUAAUUGGUGGGAAGAAGUUUGACCUCCGUUUCUAUGUGCUAGUGACCUCAAUUCGUCCAUUAAAAUGUUACAUGUAUAAACUGGGUUUUUGUCGCUUCUGCACUGUCAAAUACACUCCAAGUACCAAUGAACUAGACAACAUGUUUGUGCAUCUUACAAAUGUAGCCAUACAGAAACAUGGGGAUGACUACAAUCCCAUUCAUGGUGGAAAAUGGAGUGUGGCAAAUUUGAAACUCUAUUUGGAGAGCACACAAGGCAAGAAGGUUACUGAUAAACUUUUUGAUGAAAUCCACUGGAUGAUUGUACAAUCACUCAAAGCUGUAGCUCCAGUCAUGAUCAAUGAUAAACACUGCUUUGAAUGUUAUGGCUAUGAUAUAAUAAUUGAUAGCAGACUGAAACCUUGGCUUAUUGAGGUGAAUGCUUCUCCUUCAUUGGCAUCCAGCACAGCUAAUGACCGAAUCAUGAAAUACAAUCUCAUCAAUGACACGUUAAAUAUUGUUGUACCUAAUGGCGAGAUCCCAGAUUGUAAACUGAGCAAAAAUCCAUCCAAAGGAGCUCUUGGAAAUUAUGUCAUCCUCUAUGAUGAAGAAUUAGCUGUGAUUGAAGGAGUUGACCGUGACUUGAAAAAUCGCCCAGGUCAGUCCUUUCGUUCAAAAGUUGGACGAGCAAAAGAUUUUGGACGACCUAUCAGCAUGAAUUGGAAAUAA